AUACACAUAUCCCAUAAUGACGUAAGCAAUAUCACUUUCCAUCCAUACACGAAGCCCAGUUCAUGAGUCAGCCGCUGGUAAUUUCAGUAAACUGGUUAUAUGGCUGUGAUGAUGAUUCGUUUUGAUACGUCUCAUCUUGGCACCUGUGGCCUUUCUCUCACUAAGAGGUGUCACAUUCGCUGUAGUUCAUAUGAAUGUCACCACUUGUUGAGUAGUUUUCCAUAUGUUCUAUGUGUGUUGGCUUGAACCACUUGAGUCAUGGAAACUCUGUCAGCCUCUCAGAUGUAUGGUCAGACUCCAUGUAACAUAUGAAGAUAUACAAGUAGAGGGGUGAGCCUCCGUCAGCCGUCAUCCGGAUGAGUAAGAUGACGAAGCUUCUGAGGAGACAGGCGGAGAGGGCGUGGGGAGGUCUCAGACAUGAUGAGGGAGGGAGGGAGGGUUGGGUGGGGGUCGGAGGUGGAUAAAGAGAGGGAGGGAGUGUGGCUCCCCCUCUCUGAGGAGUUCUGGGAAUCUUAAUGAGUGACCGGCGAGCUGGGGAUCCAGACCGUUAACAGCUGCUGUCCAGUGUUGAGGGUGCUGAGAGAGUCCAGUUCUCCUGUUGCUGUCAUGGGCUUCAGGGCGGUGCUGCUGUCGUUCCUGUUGGCAUCUCUGAGCUGCUCCAGAGGAGCCGUCAUCACCGGGGCCUGUGAGCGAGACGUGCAGUGUGGUUUUGGUCUCUGCUGUGCCGUCAGUCUGUGGCUGAGGGGCCUGAGGAUGUGCGUCCCGAGAGGCAUGGAAGGGGACGAAUGCCACCCGUUUAGCCACAAGGUGCCGUAUCCCGGGAAGAGGCAGCACCACACCUGUCCCUGUCUCCCUCACCUGGUGUGCAGCAGGUACAGCGAGACCAAGUACAGAUGUACGGACGACUUCAAGAGCCUGGACUUUUAACAGACGCCUAAACAUUCA